GAUCUUCAAACCCGUCGUCUUCUUCGAUCAAUCACUUGGUUUGAAUCUCAGCUUCACAGUUUCUUCUUCGCCGUGUGGAUGAGAAUCGAAAUAUUCGCCGCCAUUAUUCGAGAAGCCUGAAGCUGUCUCUACCAUUUUAGAAAUUCGAGAAAAAUGGGAAACACUUCCUCAAUGCUGACUCAAUACGACAUUGAAGAAGUCCAGAGCCAUUGCCAGGAUCUAUUUGAGCAGCAGGAGAUACUCUCUCUGUAUCAAAGGUUUUGCCAGUUAGAUCGAAACGCAAAGGGAUUUAUAUCUUCUGAUGAGUUUCUCUCUGUCCCUGAGUUCGCCAUGAAUCCACUCUCUCUGAGGUUGCUUAAGAUGGUUGAUGGUUUGAACUUUAAGGAUUUUGUCGCUUUCUUGUCUGCUUUCAGUGCCAAGGCAAGUCUUAAACAAAAGGUUAAACUGAUCUUUCAAGUCUAUGAUUCGGACUGCAACGGGAAGGUCUCCUUUAAAGAUAUCAUGGAAGUGUUGAGGGACUUAUCUGGCUCAUUCAUGUCCGAUGAGCAAAGAGAGCGAGUACUGAGCCAGGUUCUGAAGGAAGCAGGCUACACCAAUGACUCUUUCUUAACACUGGAGGAUUUCAUUAAGGUCUUUGGGAGCUGUAAACCGGAGAUGGACGUUGAAAUUCCUGUGGAUUAGGUUGAUGAGAUCAUAUAUGGUCAAACUCUAAACUCCACAUCUCAUCGUGUAUUCGUCCACUUCGUUAGUAUUUGAUCA